AUGGCUGAAGAAGAACCAGCUCAAGAGAGUCAAGCUGCGACUGGUACCAUGGUAGCAGCGGAGGCUGAGGCACAAGUUGAUUCACACCAGUUAGUUCACAACGAGUAUGACGACCACCAACCAGACUGGGAUAUGGCAAUUUGGGCCAACCAACGGAACAUUGGACCAGUAUUAAUGCGGUACAUGCACCUGCCACAAACAACAUGUAUCUACACCAAUACCCUGUGCUCUCGACACCUCCAAUACCGUUCUUUCCCCCAAUACUUCCUAUGUCAUUACCUGUAUUUCCAUUAUAUUGGUCAAGUUGGCAAGGACCAAUUAUGCCAUCAAAUAUAUGGUGUUAGACACUGAUAUGAAAAGUCACGAAAUCGGAAAACGAUGAUUGUUGAAAUUGCCAUUAUGUUGCGAAUAAUGACUGUUAGAAAACACAAACAAUAAAACUUUACAAGAGUUAAAUUUCCAGGAAAAGUUCCUAACUAACAAGAAGUGAAAGCGGCACCCGAAAAGAUUAAGUUUAGAUCACUGUCUAGGUUCAAUAUUUGUGAGUAUGAUCAACUCACACAGUUGACCAAGAAGUAGCCAAGAUGAGUACAGACUAUAGUGUUAAAUGUUGGGCUAUAUAAAAGAUAAUGAGACAGCAUAAAUUAUAGGAGGGGUGAGUGUAUGAUGCCCAUUAGCAAUACGUCAUUUAACAGUUAAAUAGGAACUAUUGCAUCAUGCAGUUGUGACAGUUACCAUAGUAACGAGAAAGGACAGACAAACAGAUUUUCAAGAUGGCAAUUAAUCAACCACGUUGUUAUUAAUGUUCACAUUGUUUUACGAAAUAAAUUGUGCUUUCUACUGUUUUAAUACUUGAAUUAUGGAAUAGAUCGAGAAUUUAGUAAGCGGGCAACACUAGGCGCAUGUGUCCCGGAGUGAAUGCUGACGUUUCAAAGAUACAAUGGUUUAUAUAAUGACUCUGCUUGAUCGCACAAUACCCUCUAUUACUUCUUGCUAUAACUUCUACAAGUCCAGGGUUCCUUUCGGGCUUGGUUAGUCAAAGCUUUGCAGUUUUGACCUUCCAAGAGGACAACCUGCAUAACUGAAUUAGCUGUAUAUGAUAAGCGCCCUGCUCACAUGCAUUACCCUGCUCACAUACAUUACCCCACCCACACAGGCAGUGAUAAAACUCACAUAUAAAAUAAAAAUAGUCAGAAUGUUCAUAAUUUUAAAAUGAUUGGAGAAACUGCAUGGCAUUAUUUACGUUAUAGCAAAUGAGAUGUGGUGCUUAGGCUUGUUUUUGCUGCUCCUGAUUGGCGAAUUCAUCACCAAAGAUGAUGACCACUGGACUGUGUAUUGCACACUACUAGAAAUCGUACGUAUUGUCUUCUCACCAUUGGUAAGCAAGCUGCAGAUGCCUUAUCUCCAAGUGCUCAUCCAGAAUCAGCACGACAGUUUCAAAGCCUUGCAUCUGCAGGCCUCCAUCAUACCAAAAAUGUAUUACAUGAUUCGCAUGCCAAGGAUAAUGUUACG